AUGGCAGUCUUCCCAAAUCUGCAGAUGCACUGGCUUAUAGGUGUCUUGGUUAUUCUGGGCCUUGCGGUAGUCUUUGUGCGCCGCCUCUACUUCAGCCCGCUCUCAAAGUUCCCCGGACCAAAGCUUGCCGCAGCAACAAUCUUGUAUGAGGCCUACUACGAUAUAAUCAAGCAGGGCCAAUAUAUUUUCAAGAUCAAAGAGCUGCACAAGAAAUAUGGUCCCAUCAUCCGUAUCAACCCAUGGGAACUUCACAUCAACGAUCCCGAGUACUACGGGGUGUUAUAUAGUCAAACAUCACCUCGAAACAAGUAUUUGUUCUUUGCAAGCCAGUUUAAUAUCCCGGAUUCCGUCUUCAGUACAAUUGAUCAUCAACACCACCGACUUCGACGCCAACCGCUGAGCCCUUUCUUUUCGAAGCAAAGCAUUCUGCGUCUUGAACCGACGAUCUCAUCAAUGGUAGAAAAGCUAAGCAGUCGAAUUGCAGAGUUUAAGCGAUCUGGCCAGCCAAUGCCCUUGAGACUGAGUUUCGCAUGUCUGUCAACAGACAUUGUCCAUCUGUACGCUUUUAACAUCUAUUCGAAUCACCUUGAUAGUCAAGACUUCUCGCCGAAAUGGAACGAGACCAUUGCUUCAGUAUCGAAGGUGACGACGUUUAUGAAACACUUUCCAUGGCUUUACAAGGUAUUUCAAAGACUACCCCAAUGGAUCACGUCGGCUAUUUCGCCAGAUAUGGUGUUGCUUCUGGACUGGCAAGACCUACUGAGACGCCAAGUCCAACGAAGCAUAGACGAGCAAAAUGCCAAAAUUAAAAAUACGGACGGGCUCUCCCGUAACAUUUUCCAGUCACUUUUGGAGAGCGACUUGCCACCCGAAGACAAGACAGUGGAAAGAUUGAGGCAGGAGGCCCAACUUCUCCUUGGAGCUGGCUCGGAUACCGUUGCAAACAGCUUAAGUAUAACGACGUUCCAUCUUGUCGACAACCCGGAAAAGAUGUCUAAGCUGGCAAGCGAACUUGAGAAGGCUAUGCCUGAUCCAAACGAGUCUGCUAGAUUAACCAUCGUCGAACAACUACCAUAUCUUUCUGCUGUUAUUCAAGAAGGCUUGAGACUCUCUUACGGAGUGUCGGCACGCUUGCAGCGUAUUGCGCCAAAUGAAGUCCUCCAAUUCCAUGAGUGGUCAAUUCCAGCAGGUACACCUGUAGGCAUGUCAUCUUCAUUGAUGCACCACGAUGAAUCUAUAUUCCCCGACUCGUACUCCUUUCUUCCCGAACGCUGGCUUGACCAAUCGAAAUCCGCACCCCCCCUCGACCGUUACGUGGUGGCGUUCUCGAAGGGAAGUAGGUCGUGCGUUGGAAUUAAUCUCGCAAAGGCAGAACUCUACCUCACCAUCGCAACCGUCUUCCGUCGAUACAAGGUCGAGCUGUUCGAUACCCUGCGUGAGCGUGAUGUUGACUUGAAGCACGAUAACUUCUUGCCAUUUCCCAGCCAUAAGAGCAGGGGAAUCAGAGCCAUUUUUAAGUGA